CGUCGAUCCUUCCUGCAUAGACUUUACCACCAUGCCCGCCGCCUCGUCGAGCAAAGACGCCGCCGCGCCAAGCGGCUCCGCCCCGCCUCCAAAGGACCACCGCAGCCCGACCGUCGACGUCGACGACGACGACGACGAGGACCUCGACGAUCUUGAUGAUGUGCUCGACUCGUUCAACGCACCACCCAAGCCCGCGGCGCCUGCACCCGCCGCCGCGGCGCCCGCUUCCGCUCACGCUCCUGCAGGCGGCGACGAGUUUGAAGCCGAGCUGAUCGAGGGCAUGGAGUCGCUCCUGCGGUCCCUCGCGAACGACAACCCGCCCGGACCAAUGCCCGGCGCCUCCACAGAGAAGGCGCGCGACGCGACACCUUCCUUGGGAUCGGAGGAGGAGGAGAAGGCGUUCCAGCGCGCACUGGAGAUGAUGAUGUCCGGCGAGGGGCUGGAAGCCAUGGGGCUGGACAAAGGGGCCGCGGGGCCGAGCGCGCGCGGGCCGUCCAAGCAGUCGCUCAAUUUCGAGGAGACGAUCAAACGUGCCAUGGAGUCGGUGAAUACUGGUGGCGCGGGGGCUGCGGGCGGCCGCGACGAGAUUCCUGGCGAUUUGGCCGCGCUGCUCAAGCAGCUUGGCGAGGAUCCCAGCGCGCUCGACGGGUUCGGCGACGACGACGACGAGCUCGGCGGCCUGUUGGACGGCAUGAUGGCACAGCUUAUGAGCAAGGAGGUACUCGAGGAGCCUAUGACGGAGCUGGCGGCCAAAUACCCCGCAUACCUCGAGAAGCCUCCUUCAGGCGUCUCAGCCUCCGAUCUCGACAAGUACCGCAAGCAGCACGGCCUCGUCAAGCGGAUCCUUGACGUGUUCCAGCGCCCCGGAUACACAGACGAGCGGGACGGCAAGGAGGUCGCCAAGCUCGUGGGCGAGAUGCAGGAUCUCGGUGGGCCGCCUAACGAGAUCAUGGGCGACCUGCCAGAGGGUUUUGACCUUGGAGCACUCGGCGGCGAGGAGGGAUGCGUGAUUAUGUAGGGUGUAGGGUAAUGCAUGUGGGGUGAUGUGGGG